UCGGUGCCUCAGAGCUGAUCCUAAACAUCAUUUUAUACCUACAAGAACCAAUUACUUAAUGUCUCUUCCGUCUUUUCCUUCCCCGACCCCCUCCCAGACUCCUUCAUUCCGGUACUGCGUGGACGGAAAGCCCCGGUAGCCGACACCACGUCCCCGGCUAGCGAGAGAGAGCGUAGAAAAGGAUUACACCAAACUGUUUAAAUCCAACGGCUCCUGCUUCCUUUCUCCUGAGCUAGACCCAACAAGCCCAGAGAGUUGGGCAACGGAAAAACUAGUAUUUUCAUUUAAUUGGAUAUGAAGAAAGAACAAAUAUAUACGGGGGCAACCACGAUCUUUAUAAAGAACAUAAGUUCCAGGAAAGCAAGAACCUUGUGUCUCUUGUUCAGUGGUGUAUCCUCUGCAUAUAGAACAGUGCCUGACACAUAAUAGGUGCUGAGUUUGAUAUUAAACACUGAUCUGAAGACACUAGAUUUGGGGUGUCCCAGCCAGGAUUGAGUGAUUCAGUAAACCUCAAGGACAAAGCUAACUGAGGAACAUCACUGAGUCUCAGACCUGGGCAAAGUUUCUGCCCAGAGUAGACUCUCCUGGGUGAAUCAGCAAGCCUAAUAAACAUUAUCUUCUAAUUAGCAUAAAAUGCCACUAGGUGGACCUGCGGCCUCAUAUAUUCAAACCCAGUUUUAAACAGCAGCAUUUUCCAGCAUCCUCAACCAUCUAAAACUCAUUUAAAACCUUUGGAGUUUGUUGUUUACUCAUGGAAGCGAUAAACUCUAAGACUAAUUAUACCCAGAACCCAAAUUGUAACAUAAUGAUAUUUUAUCCAACCAAAGAAGAGUUUAACGAUUUUGAUAAAUACAUUGCUUCCAUAGAAUCCCAAGGUGCCCACCGAGCUGGCCUGGCUAAGAUAAUUCCACCCAGGGAAUGGAAAGCCAGACAGACGUAUGAUGACAUCAGCGAUAUCUUAAUAGCCGCUCCUCUCCAGCAGGUGGCCUCCGGGCGGGCAGGAGUGUUCAUUCAAUACCACAAGAAGAAGAAAGCCAUGACUGUGGGGGAGUAUUGCCGCUUGGCAAACAGUGGCAAAUAUCGGACUCCACCACACGUGGAUUUUGAGGAUUUGGAGCGAAAAUAUUGGAAAACCCGCCUCUACGAUUCACCCAUCUAUGGCGCUGACAUCAGUGGCUCCUUGUUUGAUGCGAACACCAAGGAGUGGAAUCUUGGCCACCUGGGAACCAUUCAGGACUUGCUGGAGCAGGAGUGCGGAGUUGUCAUCGAAGGCGUCAACACACCCUACCUGUACUUCGGCAUGUGGAAGACCACCUUUGCUUGGCACACGGAGGACAUGGACCUUUACAGCAUCAACUACCUGCACUUUGGGGAGCCCAAGACUUGGUACGCCGUGCCCCCAGAGCACGGCCAGCGCCUGGAACGCCUGGCCAGGGAGCUUUUUCCAGGCAGUUCCCGGGGCUGUGAGGCCUUCCUGAGGCACAAGGUGGCUCUCAUCUCGCCCAGUGUCCUCAAGGAGAAUGGGAUCCCCUUCAGUCGCAUCACUCAGGAGGCUGGAGAGUUCAUGGUGACCUUUCCCUAUGGCUACCACGCUGGCUUCAAUCACGGCUUCAACUGCGCCGAGGCCAUCAACUUUGCCACCCCGCGAUGGAUCGACUACGGCAAAGUGGCCUCUCAGUGCAGCUGCGGGGAGGCCAGGGUCAGCUUUUCCAUGGACGCCUUCGUGCGCAUCCUGCAGCCCGAGCGCUAUGAGCUGUGGAAGAGCGGGCAGGACCGCACCGUUGUGGACCACGUGGAGCCCACGGCUCCGGGCAGCAGGGACCUGAGCGCCUGGAGGAAGAGCCCGGCGGACAGGAGAGCGGCUCUGGGCUUGAGGCACCUUCAGCCGCGUCGGGCCCCGAGUAAAGCUGGCGCCGCGGGCCGGGGCGCUGCGCGCCGCCGUCGCGCCCCAGUGCUCCAGGCCUCCCUGCUGCUCUCCCUACCCCGGGGCCCUGCCUCUGCCGCCCGAUGCGCAGCUGCCGUGGCCGGCCGCUCCUCCAAGGCUGACCCACCCUUGCCGCCACUCCGGGGUCCAUCUGCCCGGGAUCUCCAGUCCACUCGCAGAUGUGGUGGUGGUCGUUGUCUUCGGGAACUGGGGGCUCGGGAGCCAAUUGUUCAGGCCCGGGCCAAGAGGCGCCGCUCAGUGGCCACAGCGCGCACUGCUCCGGACCCCGAGGCCCUGCCUGUGUCCCAGGAUAAACCCUCCCUGGACAACCCUGCAUCUCUGAGCCUCGAGACACCCCAUCCUGUCCUGGCUCCUGGGUCCUGCUUUGCUCCAGUCUCCUAAUCCUAAAUCUAGGGGACGCCCGCCUUGCUGCCCACUGCUGUUUUGUGCGCAGAGACAUUGAGACAUCUCAGAGCUUUAAGCAAGGUUUUAAGUCACUGGUCUAGCAUGAGACUUCCCGGUGUUGCCGCAUCUGGACGGGCUUAGCUGGUGCUAUUUACCAAGUUCGCCCUACUUCUUCCUGCCGGACCCUGAAAUGUCUUUGGACACUGCUAACUCCUGUGUCUGCAUCCGAGGUUUUUCCACUGGACACCGUCGUGUCUCUGUGAACCCUGUGAGUUCCGCUGAGUUUGAGGAAGCCUGAUCCGCGCAGACUCCUUCCUCUGGGACAACCCUGGACGUUGACCAACUCCGGACGUUGCUUCCGAAGAAUCCCGGGCUUUGGUUCCCCUCCGAUCUCUUUCUCUUUUUCUCUUUCUCUUCCCCUCCCAUUUUAGGCUAAACUAGGCCCUUUUGACCACUUAGGUCAGUAGAGGCUCAGAAAAUAAUUUAUGAUCUUUGAGUCAUUGCUGUGUUUAUAAUGUUAUCUAUUAUGAGUAUUUCUUCACAAAUAUAUUAAAGGCAACAAAAAUUGGAGUUUUUCCCCAUAUUAUUGUCCAUUCAACCAACUGAGGGCUUGAGGUUACUAUUUUAUGCACUUUUCUGAAUAAUUAUAUCAAAACAUCUAAAGCAAACCCUAUUUUUAUGGCUUGCUAAAAUUGUGUGGAGUCGGUGAAUCCUCUGGGGAAGGUUGUUGGGUUCUGCCUGGCAGGCUGGCUGGGGAAUUUGAUGUGUAGACUUCCUUAAGGACGACCUGUUGGAAGUCAGCUGGUAACUCGUGAGCAGUAGUAUACAAGUUGCUGAGGUGAACAAGCAUAGGACAAAAGUGCCAUCAUCCAAAUACC